CAGUGUUGUUCAUUUCGUGAUUUCUCUUUUUAGAUAUUAAUUUUCCCUUAUAUACUUUAGAUGAUUAAUGGGACCCACUGAAUAAAAAAUGGUACCAAGAAUCUGUGGGUGGUUUGCAUUAGCUUCCGUUAUUACAAUUGCAUUACUUGGUUUUGCAUUGUAUUUAACGAUACUUAUGUUUAUUAUUUCGUUUAUUGUGGGGGUGUUUACAAUUUUGUACCUGAAUUAUGAUAGUAAAAAGAUUUUUCCUGUUGAUAUAGAUUGUUUAGAUGAUCCCUUGCAACCAAUUAAUUUUACUGUACAGUCUUCAAAGGUUCAGGAUCUCUUUGAAAGUAAAGAACCUCUCCCAAAAUUUGACAAUAGAAUAACAGGCAGUGAAACGGUGGAUUCAUUUUUGAAUGAAAUCAUUGUGAUAAUUAUUAAUGACUAUGUCAACCCUUGGUAUGAAAUAAUCACAGAUGAUGUGGAAUUACCCACUCAUUCAAUUAAACGGUUGGUGCUAACUGCUGGAGCUAAUGUUGCCAAUAGAGUAAAAAGUGUAGACUGGAUUCAUCUCCUUUCAACAAGAUUCCCAGAAGAAUUAACAACACAUUUAAAGCUGUUCAAACAAUCCAGAGUUAGGUUAAAACAUGUACAGUUGUUGAGUGCCAAAGAUAUGUCAAAUGGGAAUUCAAAACAAAGUCCAAAAAAGCAAGAAGAAAAGAAACUACACAGGAGGAACAAAAGUGAAACAGAUUUGUCCUGGUUACCAGAUUCACAAUCAUAUGGCAAAUCGAAAUUUUACGGCAGCUCUGAAAGUAUUAAUAAUAAAAGUUUAAUAGACCUAUUUUUUGAUUUAGAAUGUUCUAUGGAAAAUAAACAAAUAUGCAGGGAUACAUUUUGUACAGAUCCUGAAAAAGAAAAUGCGUUAUUGAGUGAAAUUUCCGAAGCUGUUUUGUACCUGAUAGCUCCCGAAGAGGCUUGGAAAUGUCAUGCUUUAAAAAUAAUAUUAAUUGAUUUAGUAUCGGCGGUUGUUUUACGACCUCUGAUUGAUUUACUCAGUGACCCAGAUAAUAUAAAUAGAACAAUUAUAAAAACUUGUUGUCGGGAUUCUUGUUUAUCGUCAGAGCUGUUUUUAUUAGUGAUAAGAUGUUGUGGUGAUGCUGAGGAGUUAGAUGCUACUUUAGAGCUUGUACAAAAGGAUAUACAGAAAUUACAUUCUCGCGACAGUGCAGGGGAGUGGGACUUACAGGAUAGACAAAAAUUGUCAUCACUACAAUAUCUAUCUAGAAUUAUACAAGCUAAAAGGGCUACUUUGGGACCGCAGGAAGGGGCAACUACAAGUAGUACUACGGAGAAAGUGUCCGAAGAAGUGAUGAGAUCGUUGAAAUUUAUCAGAGCUACAGCGGCUUGGAAAUCAAAUGCUCAGUAUUUGCUUGAGAUUGAACUUAAUGAAACAGAUGCGCCUCAUACCUCAAAAGCUGUGUUAGAUAACUUAAGGUCCUCAGCAUUAGAGCUAUGUGAUUUAUACUUGGGUCCUAACCGACCUCCUGUAAUGGGUGUGCCGGAGAACUGUCACUCGGAUCUCGUCAGGAAGAUCACAACUGAAGGAGAGGAUUUCACCAAGAAUCCGGUGACUUGCUUUGACGAUGUACAGAAAUGCGUUUGUGAUGCUUUAGAGGAUGAUCCAUCAUGGCAGUCAGAUUUUAUGAUGGAUAACGAAACAGAUGGUUUGGAAAGAAAAAAUAGUGACGUACAUAAAAGAGAUUACAAGACGGAUACAAAGAAGUAUGCAGAUAAAUGCAAGAAAAUAAUGAAGUCAUGUCUAACACAAUUACCAAAGUUAUUUUUUAAAUCGAAACUCAAAUACGAGCUCCCGAAAAAGAGUAACACCUUCCCUCGCUCUUUUGCUCGAAGAGUGCCUUGUAACAAGAAUCAUACUCUCCCUAAGUGCCAUAUAAAUAAAUUUAAAUUUCCAGCCGAUGGCAUACCAUUGUCUAGUUCGCGACACAACCGGUCGCGUUCCGAUGUGGUGGGCAACUUAGCGCAGAGGAUGAUCAAUGAGAGCUCAGGUCCUUCUAGCUUAUCGUCGUCCUACUCUAACACGUUGUCACUCUCACAUUCUGAGAUCACACAAAGAGCGAAGAAUAUGUACUCCCCAUUGUCAGCGUAUAUUAUAGAAACGGCGUUGGUACAAGACAAGGGACGUACAUUCGGCAUCUACGCUAUUGCGGUCACUCGGAUAUCAGACAACGAGGUGUGGCAUAUUUACAGGCGAUAUAGCGAUUUCUAUGACCUGCAUACAUCUAUAAAGGAAAAGUGGCCAGAACUAGGCAACCUAUCGUUUCCUGCAAAGAAAACCUUCCAGAACACUUCAAGAUCUGUUCUAGAGAGUCGCAAGAGGAUGUUGAAUAGUUACUUGCAGAGUCUGACAAGUAUAGCGAUGGACGCGAGGUACAUGGCUCUGCUGUCUCAGGAUUAUUUGGGAGGUUUCCUCAGUCCUGAAAUACAGACGGAGAGACAUGGAAAUACGUUUGAUGGUCUAUUUGUAAAUUCAAUAAGAGCCGGUAUGAGGACUCUGAAGAACAUGCCUGAUCAGUUUGUGAACACAGUUGAUGGUGUUAUGGACGGCAUAUCUAAAGUAUUCCAAGGGAAAAGUGGUGAAAACUACGAUGCGGUUAAAAGUGGAAACUCUUCAGACGGGCAAGAUGACGGGGACGAAAGUGUUGCGUUGCGAUUAUUGGAGGAAGUUCUCGGUAUACGAGGCCUAUGGCUGAGGCGGCGGUUGCUCGCGCCGGUACGGACAUUGAUAGCUGAUAGAGUUAACAAAAAAGUAUUGGAGCUGGUCUCCUCUCUAACAUCGCCUCGGAAUGUAGUUCAUUAUCUAAAAACAUUUAAACAAUGGUUGACCAGUCGCAACAAUUCCAAAUAUAACGCGAGAGAUUCCGCAACAAAAGCAAGAACGAGGGUAGCAGCUAAAGUGGCCUUGCUCUCCGCCGCUUCUGAUGACUUACGUCAUAUUGUGGGGUCUGACGCGGCGCGACGCGGACUGCUGUCAGUCUUUGACAUGUUACAAACAGAAGAAAUCAACAGGCGAUUGAUCUAUGUCCUGUUAGAAGCAACUUUAAUUAAUCUAUUCCCGGAUAAUAAUUUUCAAGAUUUGUUCAAGACAUUAUAUUCGAAUUCAUUUCGCGUUGUGCCAUCAAAGAAAUCAGUAAAUUUAUGAAUGUGGUCUUAGAUAGUUGAAUUUGUAUAUAUUUAUUAGAGCCAUUCCGUUCUUGUUGAACAAAAAAACUAUUAAAUA